AUGAAUAUGCAGAAGAGAAAAGAUUUAACUUUAGCCGAUAAGGUUCGGGUUCUGGAAGCACUGAGUCAGAAAAAGUCCCAGACUUCUUUGGCGGCAGAGUUUGGUGUGUCCCAGUCUCAGAUAUCCAGGAUUGGCAAGAACAGAGAUCUCAUCAUGGCAAGGUACUUGCAGAGUGACAAUUCUGACCGGAAGCGAAACCGAGAUGGAAAGAAUGUGGAUGUAGAAACAGCCUUGUUUCGAUGGUACGGACAAACUCAAGCCAGUUCUGCUCCCCUGAGUGGACCCAUUUUGAUGGACAAAGCCAAUGAACUUGCCGUCAAGCUGGAUGCGCGGGAUUUCAUCCCGACCACCGACUGGUUACAGAGGUGGAAGGAACGUCACAAGAUUGGCUUAAGGAGGAGCGAAGUGAACUGUGAAUCUGACGCUGACUGGGUGAAUCAGAUGCUGCCUGGAAUCCUAAAAGAGUUCCACCCGGACGAUAUAUACUGCUGCAAGGAAACGCUGCUGUACUACAAGACCCUGCCCCAGUCUGACUCCACAGACUCCUCCAACCCGAGAAUGACCGUCCUCCUCUGCUGCAACAUGUCGGGGAAGGACAGGAUGGUCCCCUACAUCAUCGGUGUGAGGAAGGAGUAUGAGAAAAGCGUCAUGCCACCGUGUAUCGUGAACAGCGACAAUGCCCUCAUGACCAGUCACCUGUUUACAAGGUGGCUGAUGGACCUUGACAAGACUCUGGAAAGGGAAAAUAGAACUAUAUGUUUGGUGUUGGAGAGGUGUGUGGUGCAUGCUAUAGACUUUCCUCUCAACAACAUCAAGUGGUACUACACACCUGCAUCUCAAGUGUUCCAGCUUCAUCCUCUAAGUCUAGGCAUUGUCCGAAACUUCAAGUGUCACUACCGCAAGGAACUCUUGACCGUAUUCGGUCUCCUCCAGGGCAACAUCAACACCACGACCAGUGAGAACUUCUUUCAUAACUUCAAUAUGACAGCAGCAGUUGGUCUGAUAGGUGAUGCUUGGAGGAAGGUAACCACCUCCACCAUCGUCACGUGUUUCAAUAUGGCUAUGUUUACGUCGGAGGAAGUUGACCCUGCGGGGGUGGAAUACGUCACAGCACCGGAGAAUAUGACAGAGGAACAGUUCUCCGCCUAUGUUGAUAUAGAUUCUCAGCUUCCAUGCUUUGAGGAGCCAGAGUAUAUGGACAAUCUUCCUAUUUUAUCGUGGAAUGAAUAUGAGCAUCCAAACCAGGCAGCUUCUCAGUCUCUAAUUGCUAGUCUUGCCGACUCCGAUCGAACACUAUAUGCAAGACCAGCACAAGCAAUAAAACUUGACACUGAUUCUAAACCUUCCAUCAGGGCCAGUCUCCUUCAAGAAGUCACUCAGACUCGUCUGUCCAACGGUGUGGAGAAGAGUUUGAAGAGGCAUCAUGAGGUGACAACGCCGACAUCAGAUGCUGUUCCAAGUGCCAGUGAAGCAUUAGAGGCGUGUCGGGUCCUCCGACAGUUCCUAGAACACCACGGGGUGGAAGACUUCAGUCCAUUUUAUGAAAUCGAUCUGCAGGUUCGCUCAGUCAUGGCUGCAGCAAAGAGACUGAAGCUGAAAUCUAGCCACUCACUCAAGUCCUGA